AUGGAAGGAUCCAUUAGCAGCAGGGAGGUGUGGUCAACACAUUCAGAUGAUUGGGAGAUCAGCUCUGAGGAGACUGAUCCAGAGGAGACAUUUAGGGAGAGAGUGGAUUACUCUUCGAUUGGCCAUCACACCCGUGGGCAAUUAGCGAAGAGUGGCGAGCUUGAGAGUGAGGACCCUGAAGAGGAGGACCCCGAAGAGGAGGACCCUGAAGAGGAGGACCCCGAAGAGGAGAAACCUGAGGAGGAGGACCCCAUAGAGGAGGAUUUCGAGGAGGAGGACCCCAAGGAGGACCCUAUAGAGGAGGAUCCCGAGGAGGAGGAGCCAGAAGAGAACCCUAUGGAGGAUGAUGAUCCAUAG